CCUAUGUCCUGCAGAACUCUGGCUGGGAAACGCUGCCUUAAGGAAGCGUGAGCUUCAGAUUGCUUGUGUAGGAAGAGCUGGAAGAACUAUGGAUUGUUGGAGGAAAAUACAAAGCAGUGGCUGGAUUUUCCCCACCUUGAUCCUGUGUAUAUAUGGCUUCUUCGCUAUGAUGAGACCGUCAGAGCCUUUCCUCACACCUUAUCUAGCGGGACCUGAUAAAAACUUGACCAUCGAGGAGAUAACACAAACAGUUUUUCCAGUUUGGACAUACUCCUACCUGGCUCUGUUGUUCCCUGUGUUCCUGCUGACAGACUACGUACGCUAUAAACCUGUCAUCAUCAUCCAGGGAGUGAGCUUAAUCAUUACUUGGCUGCUACUUUUAUUUGCCCAUGGCGUGUCGGCCAUGCAGCUGGUGGAGUUUGCCUAUGGAAUGGUGACUGCUACAGAGGUGGCCUAUUAUGCCUACAUAUACAGCGUUGUCAGUAUUGAUCAUUACCAGAAGGUGACAAGUUAUUGCAGAAGCAUCACUUUGGUGGCAACCACAGUAGCUUCCUUGCUGGGGCAACUUUUAGUCUCUUUAGCCCAGGUGUCUUACUUUUAUCUCAAUGCCAUAACAUUGGCUUCUGUCUCUGUGGCAUUUAUAUCUUCAUUCUUUCUGCCAAUGCCUCAAAAAAGUAUGUUCUUUCAUAGAAAGUCUUCCCCAGAAGUAUCCAUCGGACCAACAGAAAAGGAUCGACAAAAUGUAACCAACCAAGCAAAUUCCCAACAGGACAAAGAUGUAAUGACAUCAUCAGACAACUCUCAGAACUCACCUGUUUCCCAGCCAUUCAAAAACCAAGACCAGAAACACUUUCUGACAGUGCUUGUACAACUGUGCAAGGACUUGAAGGAAUGCUACACCACAAAGAAACUUCUUUAUUGGUCAAUAUGGUGGGCAUUAGCCACUGCAGGCUUUAACCAGAUCUUGAAUUACGUUCAGGUCCUAUGGGAUGAUAAAGCACCUUCACAUAGUUCUGCAGUUUAUAACGGAGCUGUUGAAGCAAUAGCAACAUUUCUGAGUUCAAUAACAUCGUUGACUGUAGGAUAUGUAAAAAUGAACUGGGAUCUAACUGGGGAACUGGCAUUGGGAAUCUUCUCUGCGCUGGAUGCUGGAUCACUCUUCUUGAUGCAUUUUACCAAGGACAUCUGGACCUGCUAUGUUGCCUAUCUAGUUUUCAAGGCAUGUUACAUGCUACUGAUAACUAUUGCAACAUUUCAGAUUGCUGUCAAUCUCAGCAUGGAACGCUAUGCUUUAAUGUUUGGAUUCAACAACUUUGUUGCACUGCUCAUUCAGACUGUUCUGACCAUUACAGUGGUGGAUUCAACAGGGCUAGGACUGGAUGUUGGGACUCAGUUCCUCAUAUAUGGUAUUUACUUUGCAACAAUAGCUGGGAUUUUUCUAGUCAGAAGCAUUUACAGUAUUAUCUCAAUCAAAUGCCAGAAGAACCUUCUUAGAAAUCCUGAGACAAAUGAAGCUGAAGACCAGAACAUCAAUGGCUAUGCCACAAGACUCUGAUUUUAUUACCUUAAGCAAUAGCAGC